GAGCCUAGUUUCUGCCCCAAACCAGCAAUGGCGUCCAGUAAGAAAGCCAAGGAAGAGGACAAGAAGAAGAAGAAGAAGAAGAAUGACAAGCGGCCGCAGGCAAACGGCAAGGCGUUGGCCGUAACCAAAUCUCCGAGCAAGGGUCAACAACCUCCUGCCGCCGCGAAUUCCAAAUCGCCUCAAAAGAAGAAGACGACGACGCCGGUAAAGUCUCCCACCAAGGCAAAAACGCCCACCAAAGCGACGCCAGUGAAGAAGGAGAAGAAUAAGAAGGAGGUCGAGCCGGAGGAGCUCGUGGUCCCUUCCUCUAGCUGCGAGUCCGAAAGGGAGGAGGAAGGGGAAGAGAAUGGAGAUGAAGGCAGGACUCCGAAUGGGAAUUCGAAAAUCUCGAAAGCAGAGAAAGGCAAGAAGAAGAGAGAGGAAGGAACCGAAGACGGAGGAGAAGAAGGAGACGAGGGGACAAUGUUCCGGUUUCCGAUGGCGAGGAUUAGAAGGAUAAUGACGAGCGAAGCGCCGAAUCUGCAACCGGGUUUGGAGGGUCAAGAUGUGGUUUUCCUCGUCAAUAAAGCCACGGAGAUGUUCUUGGAGAAGUUCUGUGAAGAAGCACAUCGUUGCGCAGUUCGGGAUAAAAAGAAAUCGCUCGAGUACAAACAAUUAGCAACAGUUGUUAGCAAGAACGAGAGAUUUGAUUUUCUCUCAGAUUUCGUCCCUGUGAAAUUAAGAGCCGAGGAUGCUUUAGAAGCACGAAAAUCAGCUGCAUCGCAGCAAGGAUAAAGAAGGCGCAAGAGUAGACCUGGUGGUAGAACGGAGGAGGCAGUUCAGAGGGACACAUCGGACACAAAGCAACAAGAUGGUGUGACCUGGCCAUGCCAGUGCUGCAAUUAUCUUAAAAGCCUUCAUAAUCAUACCUAUAUCUAUCCCAAGUAAUGCUACUAAGUACGUCUCCUCCCGCUUCAGGUUACAUAGUGACCAAAUGUGCUUAACCACUCUGUAAUCUGCACUAUAAAACGAUAUGGAUUAAUCGAUGUUUUAGGUAAACAAUUUUUCCACUCUCUGCCAAAGAUGAAAUCUCCUCGUCCAGGGGUGAAAAGGCA